AUGAAAGGUCUUCUUCAGUUUCUUUUAGCUAAAAUAAUCUUGUUGGCGGCUUUAGCAUCUUCAUUUGUAUACUCUUACGACCCAAACCCUCUUCAAGACUACUGUGUUGCAACCAACGAAACUAAUGGAGUUUACGUGAAUGGAAAAUUCUGUAAAGACCCAAAACUAGUAACUGCGGAUGAUUUUUUCUAUUCCGGCUUAAACAUCCCCGGAAACACCAACAACCGCCUUGGCUCAACGGUCACGGAUGUUGAUGUCAGAAGAAUUCCUGGUCUCAACACUCUUGGCGUUGCCAUAGCCCGCUUUGAUUUCGCUCCGGGAGGUCAAAUCCCACCGCACAUACACCCACGAGCCUCCCAGAUCAUCUUAGUCCUCAAGGGAAAGCUCUUAGUCGGAUUUGUGGCGUCAAAUGACUACAACUAUACGCUAUUUUCCAAGGUUCUUUAUCCCGGAGAUGUAUUUGCUUUUCCCAUCGGUUUGGUACAGUUUCAUGCAAACAUUGGGAAUACAAAUGCGGUUGCGAUUGGCGUAGUCGGGAGUCAAGACCCUGGUGUAAUCCCAAUAGGUAACGCAGUUUUCGGGUCGAAACCUUUGAUUGAUCCAAAGCUUUUGGCUAAAGCUUUUGCGUUGGACGUGAACACAGUGAGACAUAUCCAGGGGGUGUUUUCUAACGAAGAUUACAUAGUUAAUUAG